AUGCUUCGUUCGUCGAUUUUUGGUAACUUCUGCUCUCGCCUUCUAUCGAACUGUGUGAAUCGGUUGAACGUGCAGACGGGGUACUCGUCGCUUCACGUUGUCGGUCGGCCAGUUCGUUCAAAUGUCAGCGUUAAAGUGAACCAGCAGAAAACCACUAAGGAGCGACGAACCGCCGAAAAAGGAUCGUCGAACAGCGGCUCCUCGGUAGCCGUUGCUGGUGGCGGUGGGGUUCGUAAGUCAAUCGAGGACCUGGUCAAGCCGGUGCCGGUCCAAGUGGCAUCUGGAACAGAUGACAUCAACAUCGGCGCCGAGCUGAGUGGCUCCCUGAGCAAGGACGCACUCAUGAGGGCACUGAACACAUUCGUCCGCCAGCCAGCGGUGCGCAGACUAUGUCAGGAGAGCGGCCUGAAUGACCGCCUGUUGCACCAGGCGUUCAUUAGCUUCCGACGUUUCUGCCUUGACUCUAACCCUCUGCCGACCGACCUGCACAUCACAUUCUCCGAUAUACUGAACGGCAGCUCGAAUGUCGACGACCUCUACCCUCAUUUCCUGAAGCACGCUCGACAGUUGAAGACCAUCUCCGAUCUGCGCCUGCCUCAAAAGUGGUACACGGAGGCGCGAUCCGUCCAGCGCAAAAUCGUCUUCCACUGCGGACCUACCAACAGCGGCAAGACCUACCAGGCUCUGGAACGCUUCAUGACAUCAAAAACCGGCGUCUACUGUGGACCCCUGAAACUCCUAGCUAACGAAGUCUAUCACAAGUGCAACAGCGCUGGCGUACCCUGUGAUCUAGUGACAGGUGAAGAGCGCCGGUACGCAAACAAGGACAACACUCCAUGUGGCCACGUGGCAUGUACGGUCGAAAUGCUGACUACGACAGAGCCCUACGAACUUGCGGUCAUUGACGAGAUCCAGAUGUUACGUGACUGCCAGCGAGGUUGGGCAUGGACUCGGGCUUUGUUGGGCGCGAAUGCCCAAGAGAUUCAUUUGUGUGGCGAGGCGGCUGCGGUUGACGUUGUGAAAGAACUUUUGUACCCGGUCGGUGAAGAAGUUGAGGUCCGACACUAUAAGCGGAUGAGUCCCCUCCAGGUCGCGUCGAAGGCACUCGAGUCGUUCGCCAAUGUUAGACCCGGCGAUUGCAUCGUCGUUUUCAACAAGAGCGACUUGUUCAACAUCGAGAACCAUGGUCACGAGGUGGCAGUGAUAUACGGCAGCCUUCCGCCGGCGACCAAGUUAGCUCAAGCGCAGAAGUUCAACGACCCGAGCAACUCAUGCAAAGUGCUGGUGGCUACGGAUGCGAUCGGCAUGGGCUUGAACUUGAGCAUCAGACGCGUAAUAUUCAAUUCACUGACCAAACCGAUGUGUCUGCAGAUCGGCGGUCGUGCUGGUCGCUUUGGAACCGAGCACCAACGAGGAGAGGUGACGACACUGAGGAGCGAGGAUUUGCCGGUUUUGCAGGUGAUUUCCAUUACGAUUACGCAAGCCGGCCUAAACCCAACGAUUGAACAGAUAGAAAUGUUUGCCUACUACUUGCCGAAGGCGACCUUGUCGAACUUGAUAGACAUCUUCGUAAGCAUCUGCUCUGUCGACGAGAGUAAGUUCUUCAUGUGCCAUGUGGAGGAUCUGAAGUUCCUGGCAGACAUGAUCGAACAUGUGCCAUUGCCAUUAAAGGUCCGUUACACAUUCUGCUUGGCGCCCGUCAACCGCAAGCUGCCUUUCGUAUGUACGAUGUUCCUACGUUUCGCCCGCAAAUUCAGCCGAGGCGAGCUGCUCACUUGGGAAUGGCUAUGUGGUUGGCCGUUUUCUCCACCGCAGAAAAUUAUGGAUCUUAUGCAUCUGGAAGGCGUUUUUGACUUGGACAUAAUCAUUCGCGAAGGCGUAGUGAACAUUACACGUCUUUUGAAAAAUAGUGACACUGGAAGCAUUAAGAGUCGUAGGGCACAGCAUAUGAAGGGCGAUUUAUCGUCGAGAACCGGACACGAGCGCCAUUUGAAAAAAGGCGUACCUUCUCUUUCUAAGUCCCUUAUCGAAAGGGGCCUUCUGACGCCGGAAAUGCUCAAGCAGUUAAGAAACGAACUUCUAGAAGAACGAAAAUCUCAAUCUGGUAUCGACUCUUCAAACAAGCAUGGAGGAAAAACAGAAGGAAAUUAA